AUGACAACCGUCCCUCAGAUCCUGUGUCUGGAUGGUGGAGGGAUCAGAGGUCUCGUGUCCGUGUUGAUCCUGAGAUCCGUGGAGAACAUCACGGGACGACCCAUCCACGAAACCUUUGAUUGGAUAGGUGGCACCAGCACUGGGGGCAUACUUACUGUUGGAAUUUUGCAACGCAAGCCACUGAACUACUUAUUGGGAGCCUACUUCAAGUUGAAAGACGAGGUCUUCAAAGGCAAACGUCCGUACAGCUCUGAGACGCUGGAGAACUUCAUCAAAAAAGAAUUCGGACAAUUCAGUAAGAUGGGAGAUAUCACGGAACCCAAGAUAAUGUUGAUGACUGUGCUGGCAGACAGGAUGCCAGCUGAGUUGCACAUCUUCAAGAACUACGAGGUUCCUGGACUGGAGCAUGACUUCUGCCCCUCGCCAUUCAAGCAGUUCAAACCCCUGCCCUAUCCCAAAGACCAGCCAGUCUGGGAGGCGGUGCGAGCCACCGGGGCAGCCCCCACCUACUUUCGGGCCAGCGGACGAUUCAUCGACGGGGGCAUCGUGGCCAACAAUCCGACCCUGGACGUCCUAACUGAGAUCCACAAAUACAACCUCGCCAAUAGAAAAUUAGGGAGUACAAAGGGUCUUCCGCAAAUGCACGUGGUGGUUUCAGUGGGCACGGGCAGUCCACCCGUCAAGUUCAUCGAGGAGUGUGACGUCUACCGACCCGAGGGCAUCAUGGAGUUCGCAAAAGUUUUCUACGGUGCCAAGAAUCUCGGAGAGCUUUUGAUUAAUCAAACCACCGAAUCAGACGGCCAGUCAGUGAGUAGGGCGGCAGCCUGGUGCAACAUGAUCAACGUCCCAUUCUUCCGGUUCAGUCCUCAGCUGUCUGAUCUUAUCCCUCUCGACUGCUCUGACAACAUCACUCUCAUCAACAUGCUCUGGGAGACUCAGUGCUACCUCCACUCACGUCACGAAAAAUUAGUUCAGUUAGGAAAGUUGCUUCUCUGAUGAAUUGAAUGAUUGAUUUAAUGAUUGAUUAGUGAUUGAUCGGUUAGUGAUUGAUUGAUUAAGGAUUGAUUGAUUAUUGAUUUAUUGGUUAAGGAUUGAUUGAUUACGAUUGAUUGAUUAAUGAUUGAUUGAUUAUGAUUGAUUGAUUAAUGAUUGAUUGAUUAAUGAUUGAUUGAUUAAUGAUUGAUUGAUUAACUUGAUUAAUGAUUUAAUUAGUUACUUGGCUAGAAUUGAGAUAAA